AGUUGGAGAGGUAACAUAAGGGUGUUUUUACAUAUUAAUCCAAAAAAAUAACACAUCCCUCUCAAAAAGAGAUCAUAUACAGACGCCGGCCGCCACCCACGAUUCUUCCUUCGACGACAGAGACAUCCAUGUUCAGGCCUUGGAGCCCUAAUAUUAUAAGGCGAGCAAAGCUAGUGGCUAAUUGAGAUACCUUGAGGUAGCAGCGGCCGAACUCUGCCUGCAGCUGUUGCCACUCUCCGGUUUUCUCCAGUCUUGGAGGUAGUUUAAAAGGUGAAGAAGGGGCUUUAUAAAUUUGGGGGAAAUUGCGUAAUGAUCAAUUUUGACAGGCAUGAGUCGGGCGGUUGGUGCAUCCGGCAAGCGGAAGAGAGGUGCAGCAGGUGCACCACCUCUAUCAAGUGAUGAGCAGAAGAUCCUUGAUUUGAUCCUCAGCAAAGAGGGUUCAGGCAUUCAUGCGACAGAGAUCAAGUAUCAGACUAAGAUCCCUAACCCCGUCGUCAAUAAAGCAAUCAAGACUCUGGAGGCUAAAGCCCUUAUUAAAGAGGUGAAAGGCAUUCAUCGAGGGGGUGCAGCAAGGAAAAUCUACAUGGGAGCCGACUUCACGCCCUCUGACGUGGUUAGUGGAGGCGUCUGGUAUUCAGAGGGGAAGAUCGACACCCAAUUUGUUGAUAGUCUUAAAGACAUUUGCUGUUUGCUCGUGAAAAAGAGCAAGGUUGCUACUCUGGAGGGGCUCCACAAGAUCGUGCAGGAGAGGAGAGUGGCGAAAGUUGACAUCCCUAUGCCGCAGCUGGCUGAGUUGCUGACUUCGAUGGUGCUGGACAAUAAAUUAGUGGAGGUGAAAAGCAAUGGUUUGGGAGAUUUUUCUGGGAUUCCUAUUGGAGAAACGUGUUACAAGCUCCCAAGUGCAGCAGCAGGAGGGGCUGCAGAGACUUCCAUCAUAGGUGCAUUCGCCUCGAUUCCUUGUGGUAUGUGUCCCAGGAUUGCUUUGUGCACACCCGGCGGGGUCAUCUCCCCGACGACUUGUGUCUAUUACAACAAGUGGUUAGACAUCAAACUCUAAGCUCCCAACUUAUUGUCAUUCUCUACACUUUUUGUUGAUAUAGAUGUUUUCUUGAGACACUUUACAUUGGUGGAUUUUGGGUGCUAGCUUUUGGUUGGCUUUGUGUCUUAUAGUCCAUUACUUGAUCUUGUAGAACUCGAUGAUAUUAAGUCUUUUAAACCGGUAUUAGAAUGUUCUUUUU